AUGUCGUCCGCCGAAGUCCAAGAACGUCUCAAGAAGCUCGGCCUGAGCGCCCGAACUGGGUAUGUCUUCGCAUUGCGAUGCUUUUAUCCUGGAAAGGGUACCCCCCGACGAAAGGUCAAGCGUGCGCCCGCCCGCUCCGGCGCCGACGACAAGAAGCUUCAGCUCGCCCUUAAGAAGCUGAACACUCAGCCCAUCCAGGCUAUUGAGGAGGUCAACAUGUUCAAGCAGGACGGAAACGUCAUCCACUUCGCUGCUCCCAAGGUUCACGCUGCUGUUCCUUCCAACACCUUUGCCAUCUAUGGUAACGGUGAGGACAAGGAGCUCACCGAGCUUGUCCCCGGUAUCCUUAACCAGCUCGGCCCUGACUCCCUUGCUUCCCUGCGCAAGCUCGCCGAGAGCUACCAGAACCUCCAGAAGGAGAAGGGCGAGGACGAUGACGAGAUCCCCGACCUGGUCGAGGGUGAGAACUUCGAGAACGAGCCCAAGGUCGAGUAAAUUUUCUCUACACAGUCAAGGGCGAAGGGGCAGUAAAAUCGUAGGUCUGUUCGGCCAAGAGGCUGGCUAGUUUUUCCUACGAGGCGGGUUUUAUGUUUCCCCCUGGUAUUGGGCAGUCG